AAAUAUGCAUUUUCAAAAAAAAAAAAAAAAAGUGAUGGCAUUUUCGUGAAUAAUCUGAACUUUAGGGGUGAAAGAGGCAAGUCAAAGUUCCAAAAAAACAUGGGUUAAUUUUGUGUUUGACUUCAAGUUUUGAAUAAUAUUUGCGAAAAGCCCUAAGUAUAUAGUACGAUUAUAAGAGUUUCAGUUUUUUUCAAUUUUGACUUUUUCACUUCCCUUCCUUCACCGCAUAUACCAAGUCUCAACUCAACUCCGAACUCUUCUCUCGUCUAAGCUAACACAACAAAAAACGAAUUAUUAACAUAAUCUUUUCAUCCAAAUAAUAGAUAAAAACCAACCAGCUAUAAAUUCCCCAAUAUGAAUCUACAAAAAGAAACACUUUCCCAAUUCCAAAACAUCCAAAACAAUGUUUUCAUCAUCUGUCUCAGAACGUACCAUUUUGGUCCCGAUCUUGGCCGUAGUAGCCACACAACUCUUCUUUAUACACAGUGUUGCGUCUGUAAACGAUACCAAUGCGUAUUUACACCACAAAUGCUUAGAGAAGGAUGGAAAAUAUAAGUCAAAGAGUCUAUACGAGAAAAACCUCAACAGUCUCAUCUCAAACACUUCUGUAAAAGAUUACCUCUAUGGCGUUUAUGGUUAUCGUCCUGAUACUGUCUACAUGGUUAUCCAAUGCCGUGGUGACUCUUACGGCUCCAAGUGUGAUACAUGCCUCUCCACUGCUUACUCCGAGCUACGUAAAAGAUGUCCGAUGAACAAGGGGGCAAUCGUAUGGUUUGACCGAUGUCUUCUCCGGAUUUCUCCGACCACUUUCAUAAACGAGAUGGAUCUCAAGAACAAGUUCUAUAUGUACAACAUGAAGAAAGUGAGAGAUCCGGCGUCGUUUAAGGCUAAGACAAAGGCUCUUCUCACCAAGCUGGCAAAGGAAGCCACUCGUAAAGGUUCAGAGAGGUCUCCUGCACAGGAGUAUUACGAGCCAGGGGAUAUGAAGCUCGACGGGAAGAUGACGCUGUACGGAAUGGUGCAGUGCACGCGACUUAUAUGGAACACAGAUUGUAAGAAAUGUUUGGAUACGAUUAUUGGGGAGCUUCCUAAUUGUUGUGAUGGCAAAGAAGGAGGAAGAGUAGUGAGUGGGAGUUGUACCUUUAGGUAUGAGAUUUACCCUUUUCUUGACACUCAAAGAUGAGAGCUCCAUGUUUUUUGUGUUCUCCUUCAUUGGGGAUGCUAUAACAUGUUUUUAUCAAGAAAUAAUAUUUAGUUAUUUAUUUACAUGUUCUUGCUGUACAAUUAAUGUAUUUAGAUUGUGGUAUAAGGUAACUAAUUGGCUCGACUGUAUGCACAACAUUAAUAUCCUU